CGCCUCAUCAUGGAUCCGCGCACGGGCCGCACCUACUUCAAAGGCCGCCUGUUGGGCAAGGGGGGCUUUGCUCGCUGCUAUGAGGCCACUGACACAGAGACCGGCAAUGCCUACGCGGUCAAAGUCAUCUCGCAGAGCCGCAUUACCAAGCCGCAUCAGCGAGAGAAGAUCCUAAAUGAGAUUGAACUGCACCGUGGCCUACAGCACCGCCACAUCGUGCGUUUCUCGCACCACUUUGAGGAUGCUGACAACAUAUACAUUUUCCUGGAGCUCUGCAGCCGAAAGUCCCUGGCCCACGUCUGGAAGGCCCGGCAUACCCUGUUGGAGCCAGAGGUACGCUACUACCUUCGGCAGAUCCUUUCGGGACUCAAGUACUUGCACCAGCGGGGCAUCUUGCACCGAGACCUCAAGUUGGGAAAUUUUUUUAUCACUGAGAACAUGGAACUGAAGAUGGGGGAUUUUGGGCUGGCAACCCGGUUGGAGCCCCCGGAGCAUAGGAAGAAGACCAUCUGUGGCACCCCCAACUAUGUGGCUCCAGAAGUGCUGCAGAGGCAGGGCCAUGGCCCUGAGGCAGAUGUGUGGUCCCUGGGCUGUGUCAUGUACACACUGCUAUGUGGCAGCCCCCCUUUUGAGACAGUUGACCUGAAAGAGACAUACCGCUGCAUCAAACAGGUUCACUACACUCUGCCUGCCAGCCUCUCAUUGCCUGCCCGGCAGCUCCUGGCCGCCAUCCUUCGAGCCUCACCCCAAGACCGUCCCUCAAUUGACCAGAUCCUGCGCCAUGACUUUUUUACCAAGGGCUACACUCCUGACCGGCUCCCUGUCAGCAGCUGUGUGACAGUCCCAGACCUGACACCCCUUAACCCAGCUAAGAUUCUAUUUGUCAAAGUUACCAAGAGCCUCUUUGGGAGGAAGAAGAACAAGAAUAAGAACCAUCCCGAGGAGCGGGAUGAGGUCUCCUGUUUGGUGAAUGGCCUCACUCGGACGUCCAUUGGUCAUCAGGAUGCCAGGCCCGAGGCUCCAGCAGCUUCAGGCCCAGCACCCCCAAGCCUGGUAGAGACACCACCUGAAGACAGUUCACCCCGUGGGACACUGGCGAGUAGUGGAGAUGGGUUUGAAGAAGGUCUGACUGUGGCCACAGUGGUGGAGUCAGCCCUCUGUGCUCUGAGAAACUGCCUGGCCUUCAUGCCCCCAGCUGAACAGAACCCAGCUCCCCUGGCACAGCCAGAGCCUCUGGUGUGGGUCAGCAAGUGGGUUGACUACUCCAACAAGUUUGGCUUUGGAUAUCAGCUGUCUAGCCGCCGUGUGGCUGUGCUCUUCAAUAAUGGCACACAUAUGGCCCUGUCAGCCAACAGAAAGACUGUGCACUACAACCCUACCAGCACUAAGCACUUCUCCUUCUCUGUGGGUGCUGUACCUCGGGCCCUGCAGCCUCAGCUGGGUGUUCUGCGGUAUUUCGCUUCCUACAUGGAGCAGCGCCUCAUGAAGGGUGGAGAUCUGCCCAGUGUGGAAGAGGUAGAGGUGCCUGUCCCCCCACUCCUGCUGCAGUGGGUCAAGACUGAUCAGGCCCUACUCAUGCUGUUUAGUGAUGGCACCGUCCAGGUGAACUUCUAUGGAGACCACACCAAGCUGAUCCUCAGUGGCUGGGAGCCCCUACUUGUGACUUUUGUGGCCCGCAAUCGCAGUGCUUGUACUUACCUCGCUUCCCACCUUCGGCAGCUAGGCUGCUCCCCAGACCUGCGGCAGCGGCUCUGCUAUGCUCUGCGCCUGCUCCGGGACCGCUGCCCAGUCUAAGCCCCAGCCUGCAGGGCUGGCCACCACUCAACCACUUGGGCCUGAGGCCCAUGCCUAUAAGGCUUUGGUCCUUGCCUUUGUGGCCCUCCCUGUUCCUUUGGUGCCUCACUGGGGGCUCUGGGCCGAAUCCUCCUGGGAAUCAGGGACCAGCUUUACCGGGGUUGGAGGCUGCCUCCUACCCCUUCUCCAAGAAAAGCCUGAGCCUUAGCCCCCAGCUAGGGGGUGUUAUUUAUGGACCACUUUUAUUUAUUGACAUACUUUUAUUUAUUGGGAUGUGAGCCCCAGGGAGGGUCUCCUCCGGGGAUAAUAAACCAUUUUUGUAGAA